GUCUUCUCUAUCGCGCGGUGCUCGGUGAUAAUGUAGCAAAAUUAACUAUUACUUAAUUAUUUAAUUUAUUCAUUAAAAUUGAAACUUGUUGUCAAAUAAAAAACUAGCGGUGCACAAUGAUGUUCUAGGUGAAAUAAAAUUUAAAUCUAUUUUAUUAAUUAAUUAAUUACUUUAAUAAAAUUUAAACUUGUGAUAAAAUAGGUUUAAUUAUUCGUGAUUUAUGUGUGACAUUAACGAAGUGUGAGUUUUAUUACAAUAGUGUAAUAAACUUUCAAAAUGGUGGCCAAAAGUUGUGUGACAUUCGAGGAAGCUUUGGAUAUGACGGGUUUCGGGAAGUUCAACUUCCUGGCGAUGCUGGUGACCAUAAGCCUCAUCACGAGCAUGGCGUUCGAGAUCAUGUCGGUGGCAUACCUGGUGCCCGCCAGCGCGUGUGACCUCAACACCACGGUGUUCCAGCAGGGACUGAUGGCUGGGAUGCCACUUUUAGGUAUAAUUGCUACAUCACAUUUCUGGGGAUACCUGGCGGAUACGCAAGGCAGAAGGAAGAUUCUAUCAUUAUGUAUGUUUCUCGCCUUCCUCACCGGCGCUUCAGCUGCAUUGUCUACAAAUUGGAUUGCGUUCAGUGUUCUGAAGUUCUUGUCAUCUAGUGCAGUCGCAGGAACUUAUGCAUUGGCCCUGACUCUGUUAAGCGAAUGCACGCCGAAAAAUAGAAGAUCCAUUUUGGUGGCUUCAACAUCUACGAUAUAUCUAAGUGCCACAGGCGUAAUGGCAGUACUAUCCAUCCCUGUCUUACAACUGAGCUUCUCACACCACCUCCCACUCUUGGAUAUAACAUUCGUCCCAUGGCGUCUCCUGAAUUUAAUAUUUUCAAUGCCAUGCGCUCUCGCAGCAGUUGGAGUUUACUUAUCUUACGAGAGUCCCAGGUACCUACUAAGCGUUGGUGAUGAUGAGAAGGCUCUAGAGGUGUUGAAAGCUUUCUUUGUUAUCAAUACAGGGAAAAGUGCUGAUGAAUACAAUGUAGGAUCAUUAGUUUUGGGUGAAGAUACAGGAAAGUCGGUGAAAGGACUUUGGGCGUCUAUCAUCUCCCAGACAGUGCCACUACUGAAACCGCCUCUUUUGAAGAAUACAGUGAUUCUUUCGAUAUUGUUCGUUAUAGUUUAUGUUGGAUUAAACCCAUUCAUAGUGUGGCUACCCUACAUCGCCGAUGGUGUGAUGAAAUCAUUGGAAAAUGGACACGACACUCUGAGUUUUUGCGACAUGCUGAACUCAGUUCAAAAUAGUACCACAUCUGAGAACAACGAUUGCAGUCUCAACAAGUUCGCGAUGAUCACAGUGUUUGUGAUCAGUAUCAUAAUAGCUUCUCUCAACGUUUUGCUCAGCAGUGUGAUCAACUGCGUUGGUAGAAAAAACAUGCUUAUUGGCAUACAGUUGGUAUCCGGUUUAGCCGGGAUUUGCGUUGCAGUGGUAGACUCCUGGAUCGCGAGUACCGUGUGUUUGAUCAUUUUCACCUCAGGCAUGCUCAACUUCGGUAUGCUGUCGACAUUCACUGUUGAUAUCUUCCCAACUUAUGUCAAGGCGAUGGCGGUGUGCAUGACUCUCAUGGUGGGACGAGGCAGUUCUUUCUUGGGAAUCAACAUCCUCAAGAACAUGCUGGUCAGCAACUGUGAACUCGCCUUCUAUACCUUCGGAGGACUUACUUUUGUUGGUGGCUUAAUCGCUUUUCUUCUGCCGGGUGAAAUCAAGCUGAAGAAGCAGGAUCCUGUGGAGGCUACAAAAUUAUAGAAAUCCAGCUAGAUUCCUUCUAAAAAUCCAACUAUAUAUCCUAUAAGUUAACAAUUUCUUUAUCAGUCUUUUGUAGUGUAUAAUAAAAUAAAAUAUUCACCUCACCUGUAAAUCGGUUGUGUCAGUGCGCAAUAUUUUGUCUUCUUCUUUAAUAUCAAAUUACUGAUGUCAGUGAGAUGUGUUUUUCAGUGCCUUUCAGUUACAUUGUAUAUCAUAAGUAUUUAUGUAUAUUAUGCAUAAAAAUAUUUAUCAGUCAUCUCUGGACCCAAAACACAAGCUACUGGGACUAGAUCGCGAUGUUUAGAUCUUAGUAUAUUCAUUUAAUAUAUUUGGAAUACAUUUUUUCUUCGGAUUGUGUGUAGCUGAUUAACUCUAAUGAUUUUAACAGCGUAACGCGGCCUUGUUAGCGUGUUUCGGAAUGGAGCUCUGCCAGAAAGAGUUUGAACCUUAGGGCUCGAAGAAGCGAAGGGAUCGUCGAACUGAGGGCGCCUCAUGUGAGGCUGAACCUCGGCUCAGGCGACGAUUGGAGUGAAAGGGUUACGGGCGGUGAUUAGUCCGCACGUGGUGCGAGCCCACGUCCGGAUGACGUCAGAAGUCGGGGACCUCGUCUUCGCCGGCAAAGACGCUGUGCAGAGUUUCAUGGUGUGUUCUGAUAGCACUGUCAGUAGUCAUUUGAUCGUCAGGGUCGUGAAGGAAUACAUAAAAUGCUGACGUCAAAAGUACUCCAUCUUCGGAGUUUUCUAUUAAGAGGAAAGCGAGAUGCAAUCAUGAACCUGUGUAACAAUUUUCUAUCAAUUUAGUUAUUAUCUUAAUCACUGUAGUGAUUAACUAUAAUAUACAUAAAUAAAUAUGUACCUACUCGAUGCCAUUGUUGGAUUGGAAUCUAACAAUAUUCUGUGAUCCAACGUUCAUUACGCGAGUGUGUAUGCUAUUGUACAUAGAAAAAUCUAGAUAAGGUUUAUAAGUAAUAAACAAAUAAGUUAUUUGUCUA